CCACUUCACGUAACUAAAGGUAGAAGUCCAGAGUGCAACUGCUCCGCAGAGCAAAGGGAUUUUAUUUUCGUUGUGAGCUCCAUUUCUAUUAAGAAUUGUCUGAAGACUAAAAAAAUCUGACAAGAAGUGCGCUCUAUUGUUACAUUUCGCACGUGAUAUUUUUUUUCUUGUUUUGGGAUACAAUACAUUUCCCCUCUAUAUUGGAUAUCUGGCGCUGUCUGCUAAACUUUCAUAGCAGACGAAGAAACACUUCCCAGAAUGGCUCAUUUGUUAUUAACGUGUUUUUUGGCGUUGAUAUCAACGCAACUGGUCGAGUCGUCCGGUGUGUUUGAGUUGAAAGUACACUCCUUCAGUAGUACCCGUAGUGUCUGUAAACGGUCUAGGGACUGCCAGAUAUUCUUCCGAGUCUGCCUUAAACAUUCCCAAGAUGUGAUCUCACCUGAGCCCCCCUGCACCUAUGGCAUGGGACUGACCGAAAUCUUCAGUGCCGACCCGAGCUCCAUCUCCAGUAGCGUACCCAUCAGAGUGCCUUUCCAUUUCAAGUGGCCGGGUACAUUCUCGCUCAUUGUUGAAGCCUGGAACGCAGAGUCCUCGGACGGCCAGUCCACAGAAAACCAGAAUAACUUGAUCAGCCGCUUGGCCACCCGUAGAAGACUAGACAUUGGCGAGGAUUGGUCACAGGAUGUACAUUUUGAAGAGCAAAGUGAACUUCGUUAUUCUUACCACGUUGUCUGCGAUGAAAACUACCACGGUGACAGCUGCUCAGACUACUGCCGUCCCCGUGACGACCCAUUCGGACACUAUACUUGUGAUGCCGCGGGCACCAGAAUGUGCCUGUCGGGUUGGAAAGGAGAAUAUUGUUCAGAACCCAUCUGCUGGUCUGGCUGUAGUGAGAAGCACGGUUAUUGUGAGGCCCCUGGCGAGUGCAAGUGCCGCCUUGGGUGGCAGGGACCCCUCUGUGACGAGUGCGUCCGCUAUCCAGGCUGCUUGCAUGGCACCUGCGGCCAGCCGUGGCAGUGCGACUGUAAAGAGGGCUGGGGAGGACUGUUCUGCAACCAGGACCUCAAUUACUGCACCAACCACAAGCCCUGCAUGAACGAUGCUCCCUGCACCAACACAGGCCAGGGCAGCUACACCUGUACCUGCAGGCCGGGCUUCAGUGGCAACAAUUGUGAGAUCGAAACCAACGAGUGUGACAGCAACCCCUGCAAGAACGGAGGCAGCUGCAAUGAUCGGGAGAAUGACUACACCUGUACCUGCCCCCAAGGCUUCUACGGGAAGAACUGUGAGAUCAGUGCGAUGACCUGUGCCGACGGGCCCUGCUUCAACGGUGGCACCUGCAUGGAGCAGGUGACCGGUGGUUACUCCUGCCGCUGUCCUGCCGGCUACAUGGGCUCCAACUGCGAGAAGAAGAUUGACCGCUGCAGCAACAACCCCUGUGCUAACGGUGGCCAGUGCCUGGAUCUGGGCCACAGCCUGAUGUGUCGUUGUCGUCCUGGCUUCACUGGGCCGCGCUGCGAGACCAACAUCGAUGACUGCGCCCGCAACCCCUGCCACAACGCUGGGACCUGCGUGGACGGCGUCAACGACUUUACCUGCACCUGCACCCUGGGCUUCACCAGGAAGGACUGCAGCGUCCGCGCCGAUGCAUGCUCCGUCUUCGCCUGCCAGAAUGGAGGCACCUGCUACACCCACUUCACCGGACCGGUGUGCCAGUGCCCGGCCAGCUUCAUGGGCUCCCGAUGCGAGUUUAGCCUCAAACCCACCGCCAAGCCCAAGGCAGACGGCUUGCCCGCAGUCCUGGUUGUCUCCUUCGCCCUGGGCCUGGUCACCCUCACCCUUGUGGUGUGUGCUGCCAUCGUGGUCCUAAGCCAGAUAAGGCGCGGGCGGAAGGCCAUGGCGUCUUCCGUCCGUAACGACCUGGAGACGGUCAACAACCGGCCCAUAGGUGGUUCCAACCCCUUGUCCAGCCUCCGAGAGAAGGAAGCCUUCCUCAUCCCCGGCGGCCAUUACAAGGUGUCCAAUAAGGACGCAGCGCUGACUUCGGGCCCCGCAGACAAAAACGGAGACAAGGCGGCCUACAAGCAGAAGAUGGUUGACUACAACUUGGCCAAGGAGGAGGACCGUCAUGCCAAGAACAAAUUUGACCAGAAAUCAGAAGGCAGCAUAAUGGUUCCACCAAUGAGCUUCCCUAAAGAAGGCUUGUACCACCCAGUCUUCAUCAUCCAGACUGAACAGCAAGCUGAACAGUGUGUCUUUGCUACUGAGGUUUAACACAGUAUUCCGACACCAAGAGUACUGUGACCAACAAGGGCUUUGCCUGAUCAUGUUUACAAUCUUUCAAAGACAAUUCAAAGAAUUGAAGAGGAUAUAUUAAAUCAACAUGUAUUAUUUAAUAUUUAUUCAUGCUGCUCAUUAAAAUGAACUUUUUCACAACAUUGACAAUUUUGGAUACAAUAAGUGAAAAGUGGGGGUGGAGAGUAAAAAGAAUGUUCCGGCAUAAUUUGCACUACAUUUUUAAAUCUAAUAUAAUUUGCUUUGUGUUAAAUUUUAACAAAAAGAAAACUUUCUUCGGAAGAGUGCCAAGGAUUCACCAUUCACAGAGAAGCAGGACCUUUUUCUCCCCUGAUGCCUUAUCGAAAAGAAAACGACAUCUCAAUUAAUCUAGAGGGGCCUUUUUACAAACUAUGAAUAUGAUAUCACUGCAAUCCACUUGAGAAUCAAAAUUAACAGCAAGGACAUUUGUGGCCUAUUUGUUUUUUGUUUUUUUUGUGUCAAAGUGGGAAACAAUGUUGAAGCUAUCAAAGAACUGAAGAUUCAGGUUUACUGAAAGCUUAGAUGGACAGUUGUCUACAAAUAUCUGUGAGUUUGUAGUGGCUGUAUGUCAUAUCUAGGCCUUCAAGUCCCUAAACUGGACUCCCUUUACCUAUGGAAAUAAAUCACCAAUGUGCUCCAUCUUUCAGCGCAUUACAUGUACAGUAUACUUAGGAAAAUCUUAUCAAGUGCCUGAUCUUUAAAUUAUGCUAUGACUUAAGGAAAAAUGGUACUGAUCUUACACACUGACAUUUUGUAUGUGUCCUUUUGUGUUUGUUUGAUACUGUACAUGUUUUUUCAGUCUCUUCCGGAGUAUUUUUUUUUAUUUUUUUUUUACAAACAUACCAGAAAGUCUUAUUUGAACCAGUUGAAAGUCGUAGUACAUGUAAUUUGUACAGUUUGAUUUUCUCAAUGUCUUUCAAUUUACAGCUUCCAUCUUGCCAAACACCCAGUGCUUUUAUGGCAUUCCCUUGACUUGAAUGAAGUGCAUUAUGCAUAAACUCUGCUUCCCCGAUGACAAAAUAUCCUAGUUUUUUUUAACCGACAGUGCUGGAUCUUUAAAAAUAUGUUUAUUUUUUACAGAGUGAAGGACUCCAAAGAGGUUGUUCUUUUUAAUUUGAAACCAAAUAGAUGUUUUUUUUUAUUUUAAUAUUUGUAUUAUUGCCCUCUUUAAUUUAACAAUGCAAUGUGUACAUAACCAUGAGAUAUUCUUUCUAUUUAAUUUUUUUGUACAUCAUUUGUAUUUAUGAAGAGAAUUGUAUAUAUGUCUAUGUUGUGACUAUUGUCACAAAGUCCCCCAAAAUAUAUUUUUUUCAUAAUAAAUCAGAGAAAACAGUAA